AUGGCAUCAGCACUCCUUCGUAAGCUCUAUGAAAGGCCUCGCUUUAGCGCCAAUGAGUGGUGGGAGGCGCGGCCCAAACUGAAAAUUGAAAAGGGACCAUUCGACAGGGCGUUGUUAGUCUUGGGUCUGGCGAUUUGCCUGAACGUGAUCUGCGCCCAAAACUUCUUCUACCAAACUACGUUUGUGAACGAUCUACCCUUGUUUAGCCUCUCGAGUGCCCUGAACAGAGAACAGUUUCAUCCCAGUGGCGCAUUCCCAUAUGGCGGCAAGACUGUCCCCUUCAACACCUCAAACGUCUUCACUGUCCUCAGACAAAUCUUCGAAGAAGAAAAGGCGUCGUUUCAAGGUGAGCGAGAUCCAAUGGUUUCACUCAUCAAGCCAUCGUUCAUGAUUGACUACAGGCAAAUCUCCUUGAAGCUCACUCCCAUGAGAUAUCUCAUAGACAACAGCAGCUUCUCUUACCCCGGCACCGGUCUGGUCAACAUUGAAUUCAAGCAUUCGUUCACAACGCGGCCUCAGGAUUUCAGUCAUAUGGGCCCGCCAAAUUGCAAUAUUGCCUAUGAUAUGCUGUGGUCUGGUCCUAUGAACUUUAUCGACCAUACUUUGCCGUCUAUCUUGUUCAUCAAAGAGAAGGUGGAGCCUCUGUACAUGCACACAUCCCAGGUUGCACCAAUGACCAAAGCUGCUGUGUACUCGAGCAUUAUGAAAUAUCUCUCAUCUUUCUCCGUCCUGUUCUCCCCGUUGUGUGAGCUACAUUUGGCAAUGUUCGCCCUAUGGUUCCAACUUGUUGGAAACAGGGUAUUCCGAAACGUGAUGAUGAAUUGGGUCAACCUUGUGAUUGCGAUUUCAAACUUUUCAGCAUUGAUCUUACUUUCAGCCUGCAGUCUGAUUCUGUCCAUGAUGAUUCUGGGCACUCAGACAAACAACUUUGCUAUGUUCAAUUGCUGUAUGAACUUUUUGCAGUUGGGCAUGAUCGCAGCCUUGGCACACUAUACGAAACGGUACGUCUGGGAGACAUAUCACAUGUUCAAAGAGAAAGAAUUGGCUGUUUCCAAUGCUGAAAGUGACAACUCUGCCUUGGACUCCGUAGAUCCCAUUGAGAUCUUGAAACAGGUAAUCCAAUCGUCUCAGGAUGGAUCUGCUGCCUCAUACAGCAUGGGUGCUGAUGCUUUGACUCCGACUACGGAUGCACCAAUGCAUGUGGACGACUUAUCAGACACCAUGGGAAGCAUGAAGGAGAUUCAUAGGUGA